UUCACUUUGUAUACUCUUUAUAUAUAAAGCCCCUUACCUUGCAAUGGAUGUCAGAGCAAAAAAAAACCUUGAGUCAAAGGAAUUGUUUAUAGAACUCCAAGACAGGAUUGUGUUGAGGAUCUGGGGAGGAGAACCAAAAUAUUUCUGCAGCUUUAAGGUGGCUUCCAUCAUUUCUAAAUGGAAGAAGUUCAGAGAUGCUAAGACUCUUUCUAGAGCUGGCCACCCAUCCAAACUGAAGGCAAAGAACUUCAAGGUCACUCUGACGGAGCUCAAGGUUCUGUAUGGAGAAGGUAGAAUCUACCAGAAGGACAACAAUCUCUGCAAAACUCUAUCACUCAGGCUUUUCUCUGCAAAACUUCGUCAAUGGGGGGCAGUCGUGGCCUCGGACUUGCAACCCGAAGGUGAACCUGAAGGUUGUGGGUUCGAGUCUCAGGUCCGGCAGGGAUUGUCGGUGGGGGGAGUGAACGACCAGUGCUCUCUUCCACCCUCAAUACCAUGACUGAGGUGAGACCCUUGAGCAAGCCACCGAACCCCCAAACUGCUCCCCGGGCGCCGCUGCCCACUGCUCCGACCAUACUUGGCCACAAGUCACUUCACUUCACUUCACUUCAAUUCAACCAUCAUCUGGACAAUUCUGUACCAACAGUGAAGCAUGGUGGUGGAAACAUCAUGUUGUAGGGAUGUAAGGAAAGGUGAACAGAUCAAUGUACAGAGACAUUCUGGAGGAAAACCUGGUCAAGUUCUCAGAAAAAAAGGUUCCCUUUCCAUGUCAUUGACCUGAAACACACAACCAAGAGUGGCAUCAGGACAAGCCUGUGAUACAGUGAUGUUUUCCAUCCAACCUGAUGAAGCAUCAGGUUUUGACCUUUGAGCUUUAUUUUAGUGGGAAAUAUCCCAUAUAUGCUCUGUGACAUGUAAAUAUCAUCUCACAGCCCCCAUGUCUCUGGUUUCCUCCAAUCUCCCACUAACAUGAGUAGGUGGAUUGGCUCUUUUUUUAAGAACAGUGUAUAAUUAUAGACUCCAGUUCCACAUUACAAGUCCUGGAUGUAGUGCCAGUGCAGGAGUUUGAGUAUUAAAUGAUUUGGUCAGGAAAACUGCUGAGCCAAAAAUAUUUUUACAAAGAUUUAAAAGGAUCAUUCUUAGCCUUUACUAGUUGAAUUUAAAAAAACAAAACAAAACAAAAAAAAACACUUUUCACUAUUUAGUCUUUGAAUAGAAGGUGACCAUCAAGGAUUCAUGACCUGAAAGACUAGAGACUAAAGCUGCUUUGUGCAAGUGCUAGAGUGCUUUAAUCAAUAGCUAAAAAAGACCAUUUCAAACAUAAGAUCCUGAGUAAGUACAAAAAGAAUAUUUGGCAGUGCAUUAAAAUGCAAAGCUGUAUUAUGUCAGAUAAUACAUGAAGAGGUAGGUCUUUAAAUCUUUCCUGAAAGGUUGGAGAUAUGUGGUUGCUCUGAGAUAUAGGUAGCUGAUACCACCACUGAGGAGCCGGGACAUGCUUUAUGUGAACGCGUAGAUCUCAUAGAAGGAUAUGCCAGUCACGCUGAUGUUAAAGACCUGAUUUGGUGUGUGGGUAUGAAGUUCUGGAUCAAGAAGUGUAGAUAAUGUGUUGGUUGGUUGCCAUUGACGUGACACGAGUCACAUUAGAGACUUUCAGAAAGUUAAAAACCAGAUAAGCAGUAGUAUUCUGAAUGCUCUAUAGAGGAGAUAUCAUCUCUUCUGUCCUCAGGAAAGGUCAUCGUGCUAGUUGACAUGACAAUAUCUUAUAAUUAUAUUACCUACUGACAUUUUAUAAUCAGAAGUCACUCAUGAAAUGCAUGCAAAUUUUUAACCAGAGUUAGCCAUUUCACUUCCCUUAAUAUUUUAAGCUUUAUUCUAUCUUGAAAUAUGAAAAGGAUAAGAGGAUAAUUUUGUAAAGGAACAUCUUCUUUGUUAGGUGGGGAUUUUAUUUGCCUUGAUCAUUGAAUCAGGGGAAGUGACUCCAGCAGGUAGGCCGCCCAUAUGUCAUCCGGUUUCCAGAGAAUGAGAAGUGAAGCAUGGUUUCAAGAACAAAAAAAACCUUGUUCAAAGAAACCAGAGCUUUUUUAUCUCAGAAAGUCAGUGACGGGCGUUUGUUGUGGUUGUUUUCGUUUUGGUUUAGAGCUAUCAGAAAAGUGCCACGCUGCUUCACGAUGACACCAUGUGCGAUGAAGCUGUCAACAUAAAGACUUUUAAUCCAUCAAAAUUGGAAAAUCAUCAUUUAAAAUAAUCACCAAGAUAUGAAUAUCAACAAAACAUUCAUCUAUUUCUGAAAGGUGACUUACCUCCAGAAUACAGAAUGAAGAGGAAGACGUUGACUGGCCAGAUUCUGAUGCUUUUGAUGAUGUUACUCAUAUCUUCAAGCAAGGCCAGUGAAAAUCUGGAGUGCUACUCCGACUGCUUAGAUGUCAUUACCUGUGUUUGGAAUACUUCAUCAGUGGAGGACAGAUUUCACAUAACACCAACCACCAACUGCUCCCUUCAUAGCAGAUACAAUGAUUACUUAAAAGAUCAAACUCCCCAAAGUAACCUGGAGCCUCUUGGCAGCUCACAGCUGAAAUUACGUAAAGGAACUGUUACAUUUACGAAGGAGGCUUUGACUUUGGGUUCCCCAACCGCCGAACUGUAUGUGAGGUGUGAACACAUGACUGAUCCAGUGGAAGCUAUUCUUGAUUUUUAUCCACCAAGUAAUGUUAAGUUGUAUCCUCCUAAUAAGCCAGUUGUGGAAGGAGCAAAUGUCACCUGGGACCAUAACUCUCUUCAAUCUAUGUGUAUCGAUAGAGUGAAGUAUGAGGUGCAGUGGUGUUUGCUUGAGAACAGCUGGGAGAAGCACCAGGUAGCGAAUAGAGAAGAGGAGCACUGUGAGUUACCAGAAGAGACGCUGAUCUUGGGGAGGCAGUAUGUGGUCAGGGUUCGGUCCAUUCCUGCCAGUGAACCACGAUUCUGGAGCGAAUGGAGUCCAGUCACUCAGUGGACAGCUACUGUGGGUAUACAACCUCUGCCUGAAGGUUCCAGUUAUAUGGUACUGGAUGUAUUCACUAAUUUAACCAGCAUUGCUGUACUUGUAGCAGUUGCAGUCUUUUUACUGGCUUUCUCCUGCAUCCUACGAUACAGGAGGUCAUUUUUCAGGAUUAUAAAGUGUCCAUAUGUACCAACGCCUGGGAAAUAUUUUGACGAUCUUUUCUCUGACCAUGGUGGGGACUUUAAGUCAUGGCUGGGUCCAUUUGUGAAUCCUGAGCUGAAUAUCAAGGUUGAUGCAGAGUGCAUCGCACCUGUGGCAAUCUACAAAGCCUGCAACUCUGAUAUGUUAUCCAAUAAGAUAGAAAAAGAUGUCAACACGAGGGAUGGCAACACCUCCAGCUUCUCCAACUCUACUUACUUCCUGUCCCAGAGCUCAAAAUGUGCUGUAGUAGAUCAGCUGGAGCCAUGUUCGGUAGACUGUCCCUACGGACCAGCAGGAGGAGGCAGUGUGCAAGAGAAAAUUCUGCCAGCCACUCAUGAUAACGGCCAUGACAAUGAAUUGAGCGAGGUCAGCAUGAGCACCCCUUUGGAAACGUCCUCCUCCUACAAGCAGCUGCAGAAGCUGAGGCUGGACAUCCAGAGCCCAGACUCAGGGUUCGCCGGCAGCUCUGAGGAACAAGAAAGCCAGGAGGAGUCUGGAAGCGAAGGACUUCCCAGCCCGCCCGUGGUGGACAACACUCUGCCCAUCAGCUGCAUCCUACCGUGCCCAGUUCCCCAGCUGACAGGAUUCCCUCAUUUGGGAAUCCCACCUGGCCUGGGAUGGAGCCCAUGGAAUAACCAAACCUUCACAAACUUGCCUCUUGACAUUUCCAGAAAUGUUUUGCUGGGACAUUCUGGCAUCAUGGGUUGCUCUAGCAUACUGCAGCCAUCUAGUGAUGACUAUAUGCCGGUUAAGAAGGUUCAAGGAUGAUCAUGUGGUUCCCAAAAUUAUAGGAACAAAGGGAAAUGUGAUGAACAAACGUUAUAUAAACUCUGGCUAAUUGCUUACAAUGUAAAGUAAAGCUUAUCAGUGUGUUAAUAAUAUUGACAAAGUUCUCAGAUUUCUGUAAUGCUGCAGGAAAAGUAAAUUUCUAAUAACUGGCCUUAAGUUUAUUUAAGAUCUACCAUCAUUAUGUGGUGGUCUGGUGGUAAUUGACAUCUCUACUUUAAGAAAACAUAAAUAUAUUUUGCCAAAGCAACAUGGAAAUGUUUUUAUUUAGUCUACUUUGUAACCUUGCUUUGGCUUUCUGCCUGGAAAAAUGACGUAGGAUAAGGAGCCAGUUUAACAAAUCCUGUGGCAAAUGCAGUCAGUCUGCUUGAAAAUCUAAAAUCUUGCUAGCCAAGUGUGUUUUUCUCAUGCAAUGAAUGUCAUGAUUUGAUUACAUUGCUGGAUAACUAUGUGCUGUAGCAAAAUGGACAGAAAGCUCAGUUGAAUUUGUGAUCACAUAACAACUAUCAAAAUGUCUGCAGUGAUCCUGCACUAUCACAUCAUCAUCAAAACAGAGAAGAGCACUAAACUUAUAAUUCCUUAAAAUAUGUCAGUAAUGUUUUUCCAUAAGUAGAUUAUGUUAUAAAUGUAGAGGUAGGCAAGGCAUCUUUCAUGGGCACUGGAAUGAAACAUAUUGUAGAAAGUGUCAAAAUGUGACCAUGUGAAUGGUUUUCCCAGGACGUUGCACAUUUUUUAAGAGAUUACAGUAAGUCAAACGGUGUCCUAAACCACACUGGCAAGUCUUUACUGACAUUACUGAACAUCGCUGAAGAUCUAGUUGUGGUUUGACACAUUUAUUUUGGGUGGGAAAACAUUCAUUAUGUGUUAGCUGUAUUAGAUUUGUCAUGCCAGUGUAAAACUAAAGUCACAAAUAUAGGACACCAAACAUGUCUUGGCUUGUUGCCCCUUGUUUACCGCAGCUACUUGUCCCGCUAGUGAAACUGGAGGGCUGAAGUUGUUCAGACAGAUGUGUGAUCGGCUAUAUCUAUCUCAGUGUGAUUUACCUAUAUAAAUUAAGCUGUUAUUUAUCAACAUUUUUAACCCACUAUUUUCAAUGUUAUUAUAUUUGUUAUGAAGAUAUUAUCUUGUUUAACUGGAAUUUAGGAUUUAGCAGUAUUUCUCAGUAUUUUAUCAUUUUAUCAUAGUAUCAUUACUGAUAUAGUUGAUUGUAGUUAAUGUCAUGUAACUGUGCAAAGGUAAACACCGACAGCCUUAAUGUUUAAUGGAAAGUCAGUCACAUUUUCCAUCACCUAAGCAACACUGCCUCUGCACAGUAUUUAGUUCAGUCUGUAAAUGAGUUUCAGUAUGAAGGGACCUUAAAGACAAUAAUUGAACAUAUAUGUGAUAUGGAUAUUUUUGGUAUGGUGUGAUGUCUGUGUAUGUGUGUGUGUGUGUGUGUGUGUGUGUGUGUGUGUGUAUUUGUGCUGUGCUGCUAUGAGAACCAUGCUAUAUAACCAUGACAGCAUGGCAUAUGAAUUGUUUAAGAUUAAUAGUGGUAUUCUUCUUAAGGAAGAUACAAAAAUAAAGACAGAGACAGAA